CCGCACUGCCAGUGCUGGGGGCGUCCGUAUCGCUAACUCCUCAGUCUCCGCAACCCCCGCCUCACCGAGAGUCGGGCUCACGCCAUCUUGCACCCCCUUUCCCCCCGUCACACAGCCGAGUCACCUUUUCCCUUUCUACACUCCACACUCUCUGCCCCCCCACCCCGCCCCUUUCCAAGCGUGUCCCGGGCCGCAGCAGCAGAAACCGCACCAUCUCCACCCCCCACAUUCUCCUCGCAGGAAGCGCAGCCGUGCCUACAAGGGUUCUUAAAGCAGAGAUGAAUAAUACUGCAGCUAGUCCAAUGUCUACUGCAACUUCAAGUAGUGGAAGGAAUACAGGGAAGUCUAUAAGCUUUGCAACAGAAUUACAGAGUAUGAUGUAUUCUUUAGGUGAUGCUAGAAGGCCUCUUCAUGAAACAGCAGUUUUGGUAGAAGAUGUGGUACACACCCAGUUAAUUAAUCUGAAUGAACAAAAGAACUUUUCCUCUGGAUGCUUGGGAUCUUCCCCAUUUUAUGUUGAGUCUACAGCCGUUGACAAUCAACUUAUUAAAGGCCUUCUCAGCAGCCACUCUGCAGACUGCCCUGUGGAAACCUGGAUGAAAGCACACUGCUCUCUCUGA